AUGCCAGCCUCCGACCGCAAGAGGAACGACCUCGUGGUGUGGUCUUGUCGCUCUUUCGGGUGCUACAAGGGACCCAGAGGCUAUACCCUGCAGUCUCAGCAGGUUGCUACAACCCACGCAGCGCAAGACGAUGCUCGGGGGCUAACCAACCCCGAGCCAUCCGAGCUUCAAACGCUCAUGCCAACGCUUGAAGACCACACCGCUGUCCAGGCUACCGGAGAUGUUGGAGGGAUGCAGGACAGCGGCGAGGAUGACUUCGAGCCUGAGGAUUAUUUGAUGGACAACCUGGUAGGCAUUCAAGAUGUUCUCGACCAGGAAGACGGCUAUUCUAGCGACGAAGAACUCAUCAACCACCCGGUAGACGUUGAGGAGGAGCCAGGCCACGGCAGCGAUGACGAUCAAGAGCCGCUAGACGAUCAAGUGCAGCUGGGAGAUGACAAUCAAGCGCGACCGAAGGACCAUGGUCAGGACGAGUCGCAGGUCUACGAACGACUCCACGAAGCCCUCGAGGACUUCGACUUCUCAAACCUUGACGACAUCGAGUUUCCGAAUCUCGACCCUCGGCCAGAGGCGUUCGACGACCGCCCCUACGUUCGCAACGCGUACAUCGAGGCCUUCAUCAGUGUCGCCUCCUCGAGGCGAUGUGCCGUGACAUUCCCGGCCUCGAACUCCCCGGUCUCGACAAAAGACUGCCCCGGCCUCCUCUAUAGCGAGAAGGUGCUUGCCAGCCACGUCAUCAAGCGCACACCUGUCAAGAUACGUGCACUCCAUAGGAUUCUGCUGCGUCCCGGCAAGUGGGAUCAGCUGCAGCACUGGCGCAAAGACGGCGAUGAACCGGGCCCAGCCCCACCCCUCAAAGCAACCAGUUACGACGCCUUUGUGGAUCCAACGUAG